CCUAUUAAUAUUACAUGUCACUGUCUCACUGAUCUCUGAGAUUCUUCGUAACUCAAGAAAAAUUGUUAAAAUUCCAUGUUUUCUAUACGAGUUUUGAUCGAUCAUGUCACGCAAUUCAAGUUUGUGCUUUCAUUGUUCGCAAGAGAAAAAUAAUCUAUCCGCGAAUAAGGCAAAAAGAUCUGUCAAGAGCGAGUCAAUACUCCACCGUUUUGACAGAUUGAUUACGAAACAUUUGGAGAUGCGAAAAAGCAAUGCACCUGGUAUUCAACAACCACCUGAUUCGCUUGCAAAAACUCUGACGACAAGCGUAAGCAAGGUCGACAUCGUGGAAGAGUUGAACAUUCCAGGUGAUAACGAGUUGAUCGAAGCCGCAGAAUAUUUGAUAAGAGCUGAGGAGGAUGCAAGAUUUGCUGAAAAAUUAGCCGCAGUAGAAGCUGCAGUUGCUGUAGUACCACCGGAAAUGGCUGAGGAAGCUGCACUCGCAGCUAGUAAGAAUUAUCAGACCGAAAAGAUUAGCAUGAUCAAGGAAAAAAUACCAGGUGAAACAGUGAUAGAAGUACUCGGUUAUGUUGGACUUACUAAACCGAAGGAGGAAGAUUCUCUUCGUAUCUGUUAAUGAAUCAAAUUAUCGAUUGAAUUUCGAUUAUCUUUUAUUUUUAUUAAUUUUUUGUUUUCCUUCUUUUAAAUAAUACACAUCGUUUUAAUUAAUUUCUCUAUCUUUACAUUGUAUAAUUACUUUCGUUCGAUAUUCGUUAAUAAAGAUAAACACACGUAUAUAACUGCACGAUGAUUAUUUCGAGGAAGUAUUUCUAUACUUAAUUAAAUAUUCCAAGAUCUGUUUGACAAUCGCCGAAUAAUUUAUCUUUCACGUUUUUCAUUGUUUCACAUUCACUAUCAUAGACCAUACAACGGUAUAAAAAAUAAAUGAAAGCUCGAUCUUAGUCACAAUGGUGUCUAAACUGUUAUUAAAGUUUCUUAAUUAAAUUCAUCAUUUUGUUAUAGAUCCUUUGCUUGGUAAAAGUCUUCCUCUGAUAUCUCCCCUUUUUCUCUUUCUUCUCAGAAUAGACUAGACAGCAUGAAAAAAGAAUGAUACGCUUUAUCGCGUAAUCCUUAUUUUUUAUUUAUGAAGAUUAACGAAUGAUUAAUGCUUCGGAAAAG